CCCUCUCAGGGAAACCUUGUUGCUUUCUAUCAAGAGCUGCUCUUACCCUGCUCUCUCUCUCACUCUCCCUUUCUCUCUCUGUCACAUCUCUCCAUCAUUUCUGCCUGGAAGUCUAACUCCACUCCCAGCUGAACAGCAUUGCUAUCUUUGGAUUCAUCAGGAAGAAAGUGAGGUGCACCAAGCAAGAGAGAAAGAGAGAAAGCUUCCAGUCCACAAGCAACAGAGAAUCAGCUCUUCGGGCUUCUACUCUCUAGAAUGACGGAAGUGAUGAACACACUUGAUCCUGCGAUGGAAGAAUUUACACUAAGUGCGUCAGCAGGUGCAGAAGGCCAGGCUGUCCAGAUUUUUCCAGAUACUCAUGAAAAGCACCCAAAGCUGACAAAGCGAUUGCCUUCAAUAGUGGUGGAACCAACAGAAAGUGGAGAGGUGGAGAGUGGUGAACUUCGUUGGCCACCAGAAGAUCUGACGCCUUCUGAUGACAAAAGUCUGGCUCGCGAUCAAAGAGACUCAAAGCAUGCAGAUGCUGAAGGUGCUGCACGUUCUGCUUAUGAAGAGGGGAGCUACGCAGGAUGCCGAGCGAGUGGAGAUAAUAAUUAGAUCCCUUACAGUAAAACAUCUUCAAGUAUCUGUUGAGUAGUUAGAACAUAUAAAGAACAGUUGGGACUGCACUGAACUGUUCCUUUCGAUUUCCAAGAAUCUUGCAGGGGUCGUUUGGCAGAGUUUACUGUAGUUUCGCAUCCUGUCAGGACUGAAGCUUAAAUCUGCCGCAUGUAGCUAGAGAUUCCAACUAUUUUUAGAGAGCCAAAUGCUUGUAAAAUAUUAAACAGUAAGGGGAUCUUUUGGAAGCUUUAGCUUGUGUCUACAUCUUACACAUUUCUUUCGGUCUGAAUUGAACACAAAUAAUUUAUGUCCUUUUUGACAGCUUCCAAAACUUGAAUCUUUCCCAUGUGUAUAUAGAAAAAUGGGCUUCCCUUUAAUUUGCAUUCCAGCCAACAGAAUUCUUUGUGAUAUCAUUUGUUAGGCUAAGCAUCCUGGGUUACACUGGCUGUGGUGUUACUACUACCCCCAGCAUUUAUGUGCUGGAUAAACUGGAUGGAGCUGUAGUUGCUCAACAGCUGUAUUGACAUUUGUUGCCAAUUUCUUAUUUAGCUUCUCUCUUGAGCUUUAUUUAAAGCUUGGCUCAGAUUGUGCAUUGCUUCUUAACUUCUUGAGAAUAGAAAUUAUAUUUAUUGCCAUCCUAGGAAAAAGUGAGAAAGCGUGCAUAUGAAAUAAUGCUCUCUUCAGGGUAUGGUACCUUUGGUAUCUCUUUCCGAAAUGCGGUUCCCCAGCAUGCCUUUAUUAGCUGAGUUUAGGAAAGGAUGCUGGGAAUUCUGCACCAACGAUUGCCUAUCACUGCCCCAGGAAAUGCCAGACGAAUUCCUUUAUUUUCUGCUAGUUAGCAAGAUUAGCACUGUGAUGUAAUAUGUGAUAUGUGUCUGGCCAACUUUUGGGUGAACUGAGUAAAAUGGAAGCUGGAGUUAAUCUCAUGCAAAGGGACUGCCCAACAUGGGCAAAUGAUAAAACUCCAAAAGUCGCUCCACCAGAAUUAUACCAGCUUCCUUUUUUUUAAUAUAUAUAACCCUUUGUGUGCAGAUAUUUUAUACUGUUAGAUGAUAAACAAAUUUCAGAUCCACUGUUUUUGUGUUACAAAAAAUAUACAUGAAUAACAUACAAAGAAUGAACCCCCAAACAGCCAUUCCAACUAUGUAUAUAUUAUUUUUAAAUACUUUAUAUAGAGAUGGAUUGUAGAGUUUAUUCAGCUAGGUCAAUUGUUUCUGUUAGAUGCUUUGUAGGCAAAAUUAAAGUUCAUGAAGAAUAGGUUUAAAGGUUUAGUCGUUGUGUUAUCAUUUAAGGCAGUUGCCAUUUUUUCCAUGUUACGGUGGGUGGCCAUAGCCUUGCUGACCUUCAGGUUAUCCCAUCACUUGGCUGAUGCCCAAAUGUACUGAUAUUGUUCAAUGGCCAAAUAUUAUUGUUCUGUUUGUUUGGGCUGAGAGCUAAAUGAGAAGGUCUGACAGGCGAUGAAGAAGAUCUUCUUUACUCCUCUUCUGCCAAUGCAUCAUCAGCUUCUGAGCAGGGGAAUCAGCAGAUGAAAUUUUCAAUUUGGACAGACUGACUAUUUUUAAGAUAAUAUAGAAUUGUCAUAUGUAUGAUAUGGUCUAGAAGCCCAAAUAGUCAAAUCAAAUCGGGGUGUGUUUGGCCAGCCUAAUUAAAUAGAACAAACCAAAUGUUGAAGAUGUUUCAAUAAUGUUUGAAAUAAUAUUACUACUAAACAAAGCAUCUCCCAUAAACAAUGGAUCCUUCAUUAAUCAGCUGGAAGAGCGGUAUAGUGUAUCCAUUUGGCUAAAAAUGGGGAUGACUAUAUGUGUUCCUUAUUCCUAAUUUAGUUCCCUAAGCAUAAGGGCAAAAGCUACGGGCCUCGCAGAUUUGUUGCCAGCUGCACUGGGUUUGAUCAUAAAUAUCUGAACACAGAGGCAUUUCCAGGGUGUGUGGGAGGAAAUGAAAUGACUUAAAUUAGGUUUGUGAGUUAAAAAAAGACGGCUCUAGAGAAGCAGUAUUCUGCAUCAUACCUGAAAUAAAAGAUAUACAACAACACAUACAGCAAUGAUUCACUCAAAUAACAAUCAAGCUUUCUUUUAUUUACAUAGAUAUAUGUCAAAAAAUAUUUAUGUGUAGGCAUCUGUUAAAAAGCACAUGAAACUUUUACUGCAUAUCUAUGUAUUCAUUUUGAAUAAAAAAUUUUUUGCUGUUGGAUAAAAA